AAAAGAGAUGAAUUAACGCUGAAGGUAAAAGAGAAAAACUGCAGCAACAGUGAAACCGAAACUUGAAAGCGGCUCCAUUCCUUCCCCCUUCCUUGUAUCUUCUCUUUCAGCGUUUUUACAUCUGGAAAAUCUGAUUUAAUAGAGGCCUUUGGUUUUAAGUUUCAGAUUUGGGUUUUACUUUGAAAGUUCUAUGAAAUCUGGGUUUUGAAGAAGAACACCCAAAAAGCAAAGCAAACCCUACUUAUUUUCGUUUUUUGCUAUUUCUAUAUAUGUUAUUUAUUGUUUUGUACAACUACUGCUUCUUUACCCUUUUCUUUUGUUUGGUAUAAGAAAAUAUAAGUUUUUUGGAGGAAGGCCGAGAAAGAUGAUUAAACAAUGAAGCGAUCUCUCCAGCUGUUGUCAUCUCUGUAAGUCUUUGGUUUCUGCCGUGGAAAAUGGUUAAAAUAAUGAAAUGAGGAUGAGAUCUACGGCUUCAUUUGUCAGUUUUUUUUAUUUGAAUGUGUGCUAUAGCCAUUGCUAGGGUUUUGUCUUCUGUUUCGUUUCCGCCAUGACCACCAAACGCGCUUACAAACUACAGGAAUUUGUGGCACAUUCUUCUGCUGUGAAUUGCCUGAAGAUUGGAAGGAAAUCGUCGAGGGUUCUUGUAACUGGAGGGGAAGAUCACAAGGUUAAUCUUUGGGCUAUUGGCAAACCCAAUGCCAUACUGAGUUUAUCGGGACAUACAAGUGGAGUAGAUUCUGUAACCUUUGAUUCUUCAGAAGUAUUGGUGGCUGCAGGUGCUGCAAGUGGUACCAUCAAACUUUGGGAUUUGGAGGAGGCAAAAAUUGUUCGGACUCUGACUGGUCAUAGAUCCAAUUGCAUCUCUGUGGAUUUCCACCCAUUUGGUGAGUUCUUUGCAUCUGGCUCUCUCGAUACAAAUCUCAAAAUAUGGGAUAUCAGAAAGAAAGGGUGUAUCCACACUUACAAGGGCCACACUCGAGGAGUCAAUGCAAUCAGGUUUACACCAGAUGGCCGAUGGGUUGUGUCCGGUGGCGAGGACAACAUUGUGAAGGUGUGGGAUUUAACUGCUGGAAAAUUGUUGCAUGAUUUCAAGUAUCAUGAAGGUCAAAUUCAGUGCUUAGAUUUUCAUCCCCAUGAGUUUCUAUUGGCUACAGGUUCAGCUGAUCGGACUGUUAAAUUUUGGGACCUUGAAAGCUUUGAACUUAUUGGUUCAGCUGGACCCGAGACUACUGGAGUUCGUUGCUUGACCUUCAAUCCUGAUGGGAGGACUAUUCUCUGUGGAUUACAUGAAAAUCUGAAGGUUUUCUCUUGGGAACCUAUAAGAUGUCAUGAUGGUGUGGAUGUGGGAUGGUCUAGAUUGUCAGAUCUUAAUAUUCAUGAAGGAAAGCUUCUUGGCUGCUCAUAUAAUCAAAGCUGUGUUGGAGUAUGGGUUGUAGAUAUCUCGCGCAUAGAACCAUAUGCUAUUGGUACUGGUAAUCGUGUGAGUGGUCAUGCUGAACCCAAAACUAGUUCAGGUGGAAACCUCUCUGUUCUGAAUGAAAACACGACAAAACCUAGCAUGGGAAAAUUAUAUGUUUCACAAAAUCCGGAUACUUUAGUGAAGGAAACAAAAUCCCUUGGAAGGUUGUCCAUUUCACAAAAUUCGGAUCCUGCCAAGGAGUCCAAAAGUAUGGCAUCCCCAAGAAAUGUACCUGGUUUCCCCCAGAGGGCCAAUAUAAAUACAGUUCCAAAGACAACUCAACCAAAUUCUGUAACAGUUCAUACUGUAGCAGCUCCAAAAAGGAAUUCUACAAAGGCUAGUUCAUGCAUCAGUGCUCCAAGUUUUAGCAAGUCGGAUGUCAUACCUGUGAUUGUGCCUAGAAAUGAUCUGAGGUUGGAGCAGGCUGCUGAAUCAAGGAAGGAAGCUGGAACAACUGGGAGAUGUUUGGAGCAGGCCGCUGAAUCAAGAAAAGAAGUUGGAAUAUCUGGGAGAAGUUUGGAACAGGUUGCUGAGUCAAGAAAAGAAAUUGGAAUAGCUGAGAGAAGUUCGGAGCCAAGCCAGCCAGCUGCUGAAUCAAGAAAAGAAGCUGGGAUAAUUGGAAGAACUUUGGAGCAGGGAGCUGAUUCCAGAAAAGAACUUGGUAUUGUUGGAAGAACCAUGCCAUUUUCUUUGCAGUCAAAGACAAGUAGUUUCCGAAAGUUUCAAAAUUUCAAGGAAGAAAUGGACAGGCCAGAUAUCUCUGCUCCAUCUGAAACUACAGGUUCUAAGGCUGCUGAAUUCAACAGUGUCCUGGACAGGAGUAGUUUUGUUGUUGUUAAAGGCCCUAUUCAAGGAAUGUCUGCUGCCGAAAGGAAUAUGAGGGAAGAUAGGUGCAUUGGCUCUGGCAAGAGUGAACCAAAUUCAGUGACAGAGUUGCCUUCUAGCUACCGGAAUGAAAAUCGAAGAACGUGUUCUGUAGUCUUAAAUUUGGAGAAAAGAGGGAGAUCUUCUAAUUUUGAUUUACCAACUAUGAGUAUCUCUCCGAGGAAUGUAUCAAUGGAAAACGUGCCCUCCUUCAAUGCGUAUAAACAAAGAGGAUACUCUGCAUCUGUGCAAAAAGAAAUGCCUUCUGCCAGUGAUGAGGAUGCUGUUGCAGAUUUGCUGGAGCACCAUGACCAAUUCAUUAGUUCCAUGCAAUCUCGUUUUGCCAAGUUACAGGCUGUUCAUAGGUUUUGGGAAAGAAAUGACAUCAAGGGGGCAAUAUCUGCAAUUGAAAAGAUGGCUGAUUAUGCUGUGCUUGCUGAUGUCAUGAGCAUUGUCAUUGAGAAAAUGGACAUCGUCACAUUGGACAUUUGCACUUGUCUUCUGCCCCUUCUGUCUGGUCUCCUUGCAAGUGACAUGGAUAGGCAUUUGAGCAUCUGUCUAGACAUGCUGCUUAAGCUGGUAAGGGUAUUUGGCUCCAUGAUAUAUUCAACCAUAUCAGCUUCAACACCCGUUGGCGUGGACAUCGAGGCAGAGCAAAGGUUUGAGCGUUGCAACCUCUGCUUUGUAGAACUAGAGAAAGUAAAACGCAGUCUGCCCUCUCUUACCAGAAGAGGGGGGUCGGUUUCGAAAUCCGCCCAGGAAUUGAACCUCGCACUACAGGAAGUAUCGUGAUUGAAAUUAAUGUACCAAACGCAGGAACUAACUUAUUCCCAUGCUUUUUAAUGACCACAUUCUGUAUGUUACCCCUGAAGAGAGCAUGAUUCGGCGCUUACACGCCGGUCGAGCAGCAACAACUACUUCGAUGCAUAUCGUCUUGCCAAGUAGAAACGCUGCAUCUUGUACAUGUUCUAAUUCGACGCCUAAGUUGAGACCUCUUAACCGGUAAGCUGAUUCUACUUGCAUUGAAACUACUUCGACUUUGGCUAAUUGUGUUGGUUUUUAGUUAAUUUAUUCAAGAUGACGUCUUUGCCAACCACUGUAUUACUACACACCAACCCAAUAUGCUGAACAUCAAAUUGUACCUUUGGGCUCGUAUGUAAAAUAUACAUAUUUUAUAUAUGAAUAUACACGUGUCCAAAA